GGAAUAGGGGCCAUUCAACUUUUUCCGUAAACAUGGCAUUAGUAACAUCUCUUCGUCAACAAAUAUUAAUAAGAAGCAAUCUUAGCAGAUCAAUUCAAAAUUUUGAUCAAGCUUUUAAAUUUCGUUGUUCCAGGAUCUUGCCAGCAAUUACAAUAAGACCUUAUUCUUCGUCGUCUUCUUCCUCAUCAAAUAGUACUAAACGAACAACUGCACCCGCUACUCCACAAAAAAAAGAACUACCCCUGUUAUCUUUUGGCAAUGAACUUAUGCAACAAAGCGUGGAAAGUACCCAACAACAGGAUUGGGAAGAAGAAGGGGACUUUGAGGAAGAAAGUUUAGCGUCAUCUAAUACAUCCUCUCUUACAAACCCUCUUUCCCCUUAUUUAACCUCAUCUCCACUCCAUCCUGCACAAUCAACAAUAUCAAUAACAUCAUCUGAGUCAGAAGUAAUUGCAAAUAAAUUUCUGGACGACAUAGAAUCAAAAGUCAGAGAGGAGGAAACAGAUACAUCAACAGAAGAUGUUAGGAAAGGAUCUGCAAUAACCAACUCCCAAGAUCAAUUAACUACAAAUCCAGAGGAGUCAGAAAGAAAAAAUCGAAAGAUUACAGACAUUAUACGAAAAAGAAAAUUGUAUCUGACGAACAUUAUACAAAAGAGAAGAUUAAAGAUGAAUAAGCAUAAAAAUAAGAAGCUGAGAAAGAGACAGCGCGCUUUAAGGAAAAGGCUUGGAAAAUAA